AUGUGCGAAUGCCCCUACGCUGACCAAUCACCUGCCGGCAAGGGAACUUCGUCAUGCCACAUUUUCACGUUAACCUCUGUCUCGUCUCAUUGUAGGCAUUCAGCCUCAAUCCACCGUACGGUCGAUUGCUGCGUCCGACUUUGUCUUCCUCUCGCUACUGUGGUUGUUCUUCUUCUUGCUUUACUCGCAAUAAUCGCUUCACCUGCCUCUCAUUGCAAUCUCCUCACUCGCCACGAGCACACCAACCUCACUCUACCAACAGUGUCCCUUUCAUUCGGCGUACUCUGCUCACUCUACCUGCACGACCGACUCUCCUCACUUCGCUCGGUCCAACUGGCUUCUUGCCGCACUUCAGCUGCCCCCUCCAGCGGCGUCUAA